GAACUCCGAAACACAAUGAAAUUACAACUCGCCCACUCCCCCACAGACCGCUAUAUAUUCCCCCCUCGAUUCUCUUUAGGUUUUUACCAAACAAACCACCCAACGGCGCUUCCCAAAAUCACACACCGAAAUUCGAAUACUCAAAUUCCCCUCUCUCUCUCUCUCUCUCUCUCUCUCUCUCAUAUCACAAAAUCGUCUCUGUUGCUCUCACCACUGUACAACAAUGGCGGUGGCGUCGUCGAGAUCAAGAUCGGAUACGUACUCGUGUCGCAAAUCGCAGCCGUUGUUUUCCUCGUCGUCCUCGGGCUUCGCUUCGUCCACCUCCUCCAACUUCUCCUCCGCCACGUCGACGUUCUUCAAUCGCUCUGCCUCCCCCACGCGCCUCUCCUUUUACGACCGCUCGACGUCCCCGUCCUCGUCGUCUUUGCGGUUCGCGAACCGCUCCGGCUCUCCGGGCCGUUCGAUUUCGGUGAAGAACCACUUUAACCACAGCAACAAGAAUAACUACCAGAACGGCACUACCAGCAAGAAGACUUGCCUUUGUUCCCCUACGACGCACCCGGGCUCCUUCCGGUGCGCCCUGCACAAGAACUCACCACGUGGCGGAGCGGCUCACCACUCAAAUAGUAACGGCCAAACGUCGUCGUAUCACUCGAGUAUCAGACUGAACUACAGAAGGUCGGCGAUGAAAAACUCGCUGGUGAGAAUCGGAGGGGUUGAAGGGGACUUGGUGAAGAGGGCUUUGUCGGCUCUGAUCAGGCCUUCUUCGCACAGCCAGCGGCGCCGAGUUGAUUUUCAGCCCAAGCCAAGCCGACUCUCCGUAAUGUCCAAAGCUUCCGACGACGCCGACGACGUUUAAGUCCCGAUUCUUGAUUAACGGUUGAGUUGACUCAGAAAUCGUUCACCAGUUUUUUUUCGUGAAGGAUGAUGGGAUGAUGAUAGCACUGUAGAUGAUGAAUUUCUUUUUUCUGGGAUUGAAUUGCCAGAUUAUAUUUUUUUAAAUUCAUUUU